GAAAAGAAGCACACAAAAGAAAGGCGUUUGAGCUUGAAUGUGCCAGAAGUUGUGAUGCAUUUUGUAUGACAAGUUAAAAAGGGUAAUGUCAGGCUCAAAGGUUGAUGUUGAGAGAGGAAGCAGUUGGAGCGGAGAAUUUGUGGCAGGAGGGGUAGGGGGUGUGGCUGGAGUGAUAUCUGGUUAUCCACUCGACACCCUCCGAAUCCACCAACAGAAUUCAAAUAUGGCAACUUCCGUGUUCAGCUUAAUAAAAAAUAUGGUUUCCAGGGAAGGCCCAGCUUCUCUCUACAGAGGCAUGGCUGCACCUUUGGCUGCUAUCACUUUUCAGAAUGCUAUGAUUUUUCAAACUUACGCGGUUCUCUCUAGAGCCUUUGACUCAUCAGUCUCAGCAAAUAGCCCUCCUUCCUACAACAGCGUUGCUCUAGCAGGAUUCAUAACUGGUGCAUUACAAAGCACGAUUGUGUCCCCAGUAGAACUGGUCAAAAUUCGCCUCCAGCUUCAGAGCAAGGGCCCAUUAACAGAAUCCUAUAAAGGCCCUUUAUCAGUCACAAGGAAGAUAUGGAAUGGGGAAGGUCUUAGAGGAAUAUUCCGAGGAUUAGGCAUCACUGUCCUCAGGGAUGCACCUGGUCAUGGCGUAUACUUCUGGACAUAUGAGUAUAUGAAGGAACAACUUCACCCAGGUUGUAGGAAAACCAGUCAAGAAAGCUUGAGUACAAUGUUAAUAGCAGGAGGAUUAGCUGGGGUAGUAAGUUGGAUUGGCUCUUACCCUUUUGAUGUUAUAAAGACAAGACUCCAGGCUCAAACACAAUCCUCACAAAGAUACACAAGCAUUAUUGAUUGCCUGGAAAAAAGUGUCAAAGAAGAAGGACACAGUGUUUUGUGGAGGGGGAUGAGAACUACAGUGGGUAGAGCUUUUAUAGUGAAUGGUGCUGUGUUUGCUGCUUAUGAAAUUGCUAUGAGAAGCCUGUCAAAUAAUGGAAGUAGUAGCAAUAACAACCUAGGAGAUCCGUCCUUUUCUAGGAACACAAGACAAUGA